AUUUUGAAAAAAAAUUGUGCUAAAAAACACCUUGUGUGGAUUAACCAAGUACUUCUGCUCUUCUUAAUUCUCAAUCAAUGAACAACAGUGAUUUUGUGAUUUAUUCGCCCAAUUCAACGGGUGUUUAAUAAUUUGAGGAUUAAAUUGAGACAUUCAGUCGAGCCGAGGACGUGUUAUGAAAUUACUGCCGACAAUUCAGUUGCCGCAGCUACCGCCAGUUUCUGCCGCAGGCGGAAUGGCGAUGGAUUCACGUCUUCCUCCGGGAAUAUCAUUACCCUUUAGUCCUACAGAUCUCCUAUGGAGAUAUGGACCAGCCAUGACCUUCCCGCAAACCGCACAUCCGCCACCGAGUCCACUUUUGGACUUUAAAAAUCAUCUACCUUCCAGUUUGUCACCAGAUCCGAGAUGUUGGUCACGUGACGAUGUGGCGACAUUUUUACGUUGGGCCGAAAGGGAAUUUGAUUUGCCAAUAAUUGACAUGGACAUGUUUCAAAUGAAUGGCAAGGCACUGUGUCUAUUGACAAAAUCAGACCUCGGCGAUCGUUGUCCUGGUGCAGGUGAUGUCAUUCACAAUGUGUUGACAAUGUUGACUCGGGAAUAUAAUCAGAGAUGCUUGCCGAGUAGUCCCGUGACACCGACUCGACCCUCAGCCGCCUAUCCAUUGAGUCCACAUUCACAUCCACCGACGCCCACGUGGGUUGAUAAUCCUUAUGCGGCAAAUUUUGCCUCACUUAUGUCGGCAAAUUCAGUGACAUUGUCGCCAGCACCUUCAGUCGACAGUCAAGCCGGUUCACCAGGUCACGCGGAAAAUUGCAAUCAAAUGCAGCACUAUAAAAGUGAUUCGGACGAGGACAAUCAUCAGGGUAGCAGUAGUCCACCGGCGACGCCAACCGCGCUCACCGCUCAACGAUUGAGCGAGGUGUGCGUCAAGGAUCAACCAAGUCCCACAUUACCACCGCAAAUGAUGCCACUGACCCCGGGCGCAUUUAGACCCGCGGGCAAUGUUGCACGGGAAUUUUUUCCCAGUGACUCACCUGAGCCCAAUACCAAUGGAAGAUUGUUGUGGGACUUUUUACAACAAUUGUUAAACGACCCAUCACAAAGAUACACACAUUAUAUUGCAUGGAAAAGUCGAGAGACGGGUGUUUUUAAAAUUGUCGAUCCACCGGGUCUCGCGAGGCUUUGGGGAAUUCAGAAGAAUCAUUUAUCCAUGAAUUAUGACAAAAUGAGCCGAGCAUUAAGAUACUAUUAUCGUGUCAAUAUUCUCAGAAAGGUGCAAGGAGAACGCCACUGCUACCAAUUUCUACGCAAUCCAACGGAAUUAAAGAAUAUCAAAAAUAUUUCGUUGUUACGCCAGCAAAUGCGAAUAAAAUCAGAGCCCGAGGAAGAAGGCGCACUCACGGGAAAUGGAAUGGAGCCUGAGAUGGAUAUGCCAACGGAUCUCUCCAUGUCGAGUAUGAGCCAACCUUCGGGCAUAAAUCAACAACAAUCGAAUGAACAGCCUCUUCCUCUCCACGACCCUCCAGCCAAGUAUCGAAGUCACGCGUACAAUCUCGUUAAAACUAAUCAGGAGCCGGAAGACAGGAAGUGACGCGGGAGUUAGCAGUACACAGAGAAUAAAAUCUCCGCACACGAAUCGUCGAGUGCAUUGUAAUUGUUCACUCUGUGGCUGACGAAUAUUUUUCCACUAUUUAAAAAACAAAGAAAAAUAAAUAUUCUCCUAUUUUGCCUCCGAAAUUAAUUCAUCGCAAAUUUUCGGAAAUAAUUUCAAGAGAAUGAGAGGGAAAAAUGUCAUACUUCGGCCUUAAUCGGGUCUUGAAAGUCUUUUUUUCGUUUUGUUUUGUUUUUUUGUUUUUUUUUUUUUUUUUUUGGGAGUCAAGACUGAUCUUCCAGCGUCCAAGGUGGAAAACUUCGAGACGCCUGAGAAGUUUAGAAAGAGAGAAAGAAUGUUCGAAUUUCAACGACUCUAAUAGAAUUUUCCAUAUAAAAAAAUAUAAAAAUGUUUUAUUUUUCUUGUUUCAUAAAAUUGAAAAAUCAUUUGUUAAAGAAUAAAAAAAAUUAAUUAAAAAAAAAUAAUUUUCAUCUCGUAGCGAAAGUCGUGAAUUAAGUUCGUAUUAAAUUCUCAAUUUUUCUAUAAUUGAAAAUGCAACAAAAGAAAAUCAAAGAAAUUCGAAUUCUCAAUUUCUUGAAGAAUCUUCUUAGCCGAUAUUGGAAAAAAGAAUAAUAAUAAUAAUAAUAUACAAAUAAUGUGCAAUGCUCACGAAACUUUUCGGGGACAUCGGGUCCCAAAAAUAAAAGAAAAUAAUGAUAAUAAUAAUAAUAAUGAAAAUGUCACGCCAGAGUUUCUUUUCGCUCUUGAAUUGUUUUUUAAUUCGCAUCGCUGAAGAUUUAUCUUCUUCGUUUAAAUAAAUAAAUAAAUUUGUGCAACGAAAAACGGUCUGACAAAAGAAGGGACAACAAAAAAUUUAUGCACAAUUGCAAAUCUAAAAUAAAUUAUGAAUGUAUAUGAUUCUAAUUAUAAUUUAAGUAUAUAGAAGCGGGAGAGACGAAUAUUAUAUUUUUUGUAAAACGCAUCGGAAUUAGAAUUUUUAAUAAAAAUGUCAAAUCAAUUAUCAAAACUUUGAAAUAAUUUCGUAAAUCAUUAUUUUGAAGUGAAUUUAAAUUUUGUCAAAGAAAAUAUAUUUUUUUAAAUUAGAAAAUUUAAAACGAAAAAAAAUAUUUGUAGAAAUAAAAAUUUGUAAACAAUUUAUCAAGUGUAACAAAAUUUUUAGCAAAUUGUGUUUCUUCUCUACAUUUUUAAAUUUUUUCCCACUUUUAAAGUAAAUUACAAUUCCGAUCGUUAUUUUUUAAGCCCUGUGAUUAAUCGUCAGAAAAAGUGUAAAAAUUUUACCGAAAGGCUUUUUUUAAAGAGGAAAAUAAAGAAAAGAAAAAGUAUCUUGCUUCAAAAAAAGGAAGAAAAAUAAACAAUCUGUGCCAAGAACAAUACUUGAUAUAGGUAUACAAAAUAUAAAAAUAAAAAACCGAAAAAUGUGGUCGUUAUUAUGAAAAAAGAAAGAAACGGUGCACCUUUGUAAUCGACUAUACUUUAUUAAGAUCUCUACUGUAAAUAAGCUAUGUAUGUACUAUUGUUUUGUAAACCGUCGAGAAAUACAAUAUUAUAAUUAUAAUAAACAAACGUUUAAAAAAAAUUCUAUUUGCAAAGAACUAGGUACAUAAAAAAUGAUAAAUAAGGAGGAGACAAAAUGAAAAAUUUUAAGGAAAUCCGGGGCCAGAGUUCAAAUUUAUAUACGAAAAAAAGUUCAUAUAUAUAUAAAUAUAUAUAUAUUUUAAUACCAAAAUUUAUAUUCGAAAUUUCUAAGUUGUUGGUGGUGCGAUUGUGGCUUACAUUCCGCGACCGAUCUUUCACUCUUGUUCGUUCUCUCUAUUUUCAAUAACAAAAAAUUACUAAAAAAAUUUGCGAUUAAAAAAAUUUUUAAGAAAUCUUGGGACAAAUAAUGUUUGAAAAAAAUUCGCCUAUUUUUAUACGCAAAUUUUUCUUUUUUUAAUUCACAAAAAAAAAGAGAAUAAAAAAUUAGUGGAGAGUGAAAGAGAAAAAGAUGAGAUACAAACGAGUACAAUAGAAAAAAAUCUGUAUCUGGCAUCUUAUAUACUGUGAUCUCUGUAAAAAUUAGAAACAAAUAAUUUGAGAAUUGAUUAAGGGGUUAGAGAUUCCCAAAUUUCUUUUGUUUUUUUUUUUUGUUUUUUUUGUUUUUUUGUUUUAUAAGAUGAUAUUUGAGGCGUUAGACGUAUAUAUAUAUAUAAAAAAUAAAUAAAUAUAUAUCUUUAAUUUUUCGUUUGGAUACAUUGUAAAUAAUUUAUAUAUAUAUAUUUGGCAGGCGGUAUAUAUGAAGAAAAAAUUUAAAUAAUUGCUGGUUAAGUAAAUUUAAUAAAAAUAAAUUAGAAAAAAUAAAUAAAAAAAUAAAAAUGGAAACAAAUUCAAAGAUUGUAUGAGAAAGACGAUAGAAAGAAAUAAAUUGUAAGAGAUAUCGAAAGAGCUAUAUAUAUAUAUAGCUAAUAAGACAAAUUGUGUAAAAUAAUUAAAAAAGAAAAAAAAGGUAUAACACUUGUAAAAUUAUAGCAUUAAUGCCAUUUUAUUAUGUAUAAUUUGUUAUGGACAGAAAAAUGAUGAACCUUGUAAAUAUAGACUUAUUUACUUAUUAAAAUGCAAUAGUUUUGUUAUCCUUUAUAUAUACAUUUCAAAACAUUAAAAAUUAUUUUUGAAAUUAAAAUUUUAUUUAUGAGUCCAUUAUAUUUCGCCCUAAGACGUUGCGGCAUAUUUUUAGAAAAAUCUGUUACUUUGUAAUAAUGAUUUUUAAUAUUUGUAAAACAAAUUUUUGGGCAUUAUUUUUUGGAAUAUUAAUUUUUAAAUUGAGUCGCACGGUAAAAAGGUUAUUUUGAAAGCCAUAGAAAUUUAAGGGGACAUUCCAGUUGAAAAUGGGGAAAAAGAAGGCUUUUUUAAGAUGUAUUUCUAAAAAAACCAUGACAUUUAUUCAGAAAUUUUUGUUUACAUGUUAUAAAUAACUUAUUAAAGAAUAUGAAAAAAAAAAUUUUUUUCACUUGUAGUCCAAUAAGAUGGCGGCGAUGUACAACAUUUUCAAAAAUAAUAAAUCUUCGUUAGAUAUUUCUCUAUGGAUGGAACCACAAAAAAGUGGAAUUUUCGUCCCCUUCUUUUUUUUAGAGUACAUUUUUCCCAAAACUUGAAAAAAAACAUGUUUUUAUUCAGAAUUUCUGUUAUAGAAAAAAAGAGAAAAAGAAAUUUUCUAGUUUUUGAGGUUCCAUCCAUAGAGAAAUAUCUAACGAAGAAAAUGUUUUUUAUUUUUUUUUAAAAUGUUGUACAUCGCCGCCAUCUUGGACUACAAGUAAAAAAAAAUUUUUUUUCAUAUUCUUCAAUAAGUUAUUUAUAACAUGUAAACAAAAAUUUCUGAAUAAAUGUCAUGGUUUUUUUAGAAAUACAUCCUAAAAAAGCCUUCUUUUUCCCCAUUUUGAACUGGAGUGUACCCUUAAGGAAAAAGCAGAGAAAUAAUUUAGAUAAUAUAAAUGUAUUUAUUGACAAUUGUUUAAAAUAGUCUAUUUAACUUAUAAUAAUUGAUUAGUGUGUAAAAAAGUCAAAAAUAUUAGGUGAAAAUUGACUAUUAAACUUACCUGUUAAAUGGGAAAAUUUAUAUUUCAAUUACAAUUUUUUCGAAAGUUUGUAAAUAUUUUGAAGUAAUAAAUUAAUAAUGACUUAAUAUUAAA